AUGAAGCCAGCACACUGUGAACUGAAGGAAAAAAUAUCCAACCGAAGCAUCGUGACCGAAUUCCUGCUCCUGGGGUUCUCUGACGUACGGGAGCUGCAGAUUCUGCACUUUGUGGUGUUCCUGGUGCUUUACCUGGCAGCCUUGGUGGGGAAUCUUCUCAUCAUCACAGCCAUCAUCUUUGACAAUCGACUUCACACCCCAAUGUACUUCUUCCUGGGCAACCUGUCUGUCCUAGACCUCGGCUCCAUCUCCGUCACCGUCCCCAACUCCAUGGCCAACUCCCUCCUGGACACCAGGUCGAUUUCCUACCCUGAUUGUGUCGCCCAAGUCUUUCUUUUUGUUGUCUUCACUUCAACUGAUCUUGCCUUACUCACCGUCAUGGCCUAUGACCGACACGUCGCCAUCUGCCACCCGCUGCACUACGAGCGAGUGAUGAACAGAAGAGCUUGUGUCCACAUGGCUGCUGGUAUCUGGAUCACUGGUAUUGUCUACUCUGCCCUGCACACUGGGAACACCUUCAUGUUACCCUUCUGCCAGUCCAACGUCAUCGACCAGUUCUUCUGUGAAAUCCCCCAGCUCCUCAAGCUGGCCUGCUCCGACUCCUACAGCAGUGAAAUUGGGGUUAUUAGCUUUAGUGUGUUUUUAUUUUUGAAUUGCUUUAUUUUUAUCAUUGUGUCUUAUGUUCAGAUCUUCAGAGCGGUGCUGAGAAUCCCCUCGGAGCGGAGCCGGCACAAAGCCUUCUCCACCUGCCUCCCCCAUCUCGCUGUCUUCUCCUUGUUCCUUUGCACUGGGUCCUUUGCCUACCUGAAACCUACCUCUAGCUCAGCCUCUAAUCUGGAUCUUAUGGUGGGUGUGCUGUACGCUGGGGUGCCCCCCAUGAUAAAUCCGGUCAUCUACAGCCUGAGGAACCAGGAGGUCAAAGCUGCAUUGAAGAAACUGAGGAGGUGGAGGUUUAUCUCCAAGAUCUGA